CUACAGUACCUUAGUAGAGGGCCACAUUGAGCAAGACGACGAACACCUGGAGCAAACACUACGACAGGCGCAACAAGGUUAAAGCAAGGGAAAUCUUCUCGAAAUUUUCUCAUAUUCGCCUGAUACCAAAAAAACCGACGAGAUGCGCUUCUUCGCCUCCCUCCCGCUGGUCCUCCUGACCUUGAUCAGCUCGGCCCAGGCCCAGUUUGGCUUCUUCGACCAGAUGUUCGGCGGCCAGCAACAGCAACAGCAGCCUCAAAAUGUCCCAAGUGACCCGUCACAAUACCAGCAACGAUACGAUGGCUCCUACUGCGAACACUACCUCUGCCCCGACACCCUCGCCUGCGUCCACUUCCCCCACCACUGCCCUUGCCCCUGGCCCGCGAACCAGGACAAGUUCGAGCUCACAGACGGCAACCGGAUCUGUGUUUCGAGAGGCGGCUUUGCUGCAGGCGAGGCGGCGAGGAAGAUUGAGUUGGCGCGCAAGGGUCUUUUGUGAGGAAUGAGUUGGAUGGGCAGCAAAUUGGAUGGGCAUUGCAAGGCGCACACAUAGACACCAAAGUUGUUUUCAUUCUGGG